AUGGGCUGUGGAUCAAGCUUUCCGGUUUUACCUUCGAUUAAUAAUAAUAAAUCUCCAAAAACAAGAAUAACACCAAAUACUUCAACUAAUAAAUCAAGUAAAUUACCUCCGAUAAGUCCUGAACAAAAAUCAAUUCGCGAAAAAGAAGGCAAAGCUAAAAAUUUUGAACCAUUUACACUUAUUUGUCUGGAUGAACAUUUCAAUGAAAAUGAUAAGCAGCUUCGAUCAAUAGUUGAUUAUGUUUGUUGUUUUAAUGACCUUGAUGAAUGUGAACAAUCUGUCAAGGAUAUCAAUACAAAUAGCGUCAUAUUUUUUAUUGUGUCCAGUGAGCAUUUCAACAACAUUGUUUCACAUAUACAUGAACUAUCACAAGUUAUUGCUAUCUAUGUAUUUAAAGACAAUAAACAGAAUGAUUAUAAAAAAGAAAACAUUGAUAAACAUUGGACAAAACGAUAUUCGAAGAUGAAAGGUAUGUAUUUUGAUCGUGGAAUUUUAUUGGAACAAUUAAAAGCCGACGUGAAAAUUUCUAUCAAUAUACACGACUUGAUACCAAUAACUGUUUAUAGUCGGAUUGAUGCGAUUCAAACAAAUAACAAUUCAAAUGAUCAUCUUCGUUUUUUAUUUUAUCAGCUAUUUAUUCAACAGUAUUGUUUAAAUUCAUCGUCAUCCCUAAAUAAGAAUGAUUUCAUUAAUAUAGCUCGUAAUUAUUAUUCUUCCAAUCGAAAAGAAUCAAAAACAAUACAUGAAUUUGAGGAUGAAUACAGUUCAAUUAAGAAUAUAUUUAAUUGGUUUGCUCGCGAUUGUUUUAUACGGAAAAUGUUAACACAAUCUUUAUUAACAUUAGAUAUUCAAAUGUUAUUUUCGCUAAGAUUUUUUAUCAAAGAUAUGUUUAAAAUAAUGAUUGAGAAAGUCUCAAUGUCAAGUCAAAAGCAGAAUAUACAUUCUAAUACUCCAAGAAGAUAUAUUAAUGGACGAUCAACAAAUGAAGAAAUAUUUUAUCGAGGACAAGCAUUAUCAAAAGAAAAUUUUGCUAAGAUCAAAUCAAAUAUUGGUGAAAUAUUAUCAAUGAAUAAUUUUAUAUUAGCUAGCAAAAAUCGACAAGAUUCAUUAGGAUUGAUUCGUCAAAAUAUUCCACAGACUGAUUUAAUCGUUCGAGUUUUAUUUGAAAUGAAAGUUCCUUCGGAAUAUUCUUUACAGAAACAACGUCCUUUUGUUGAUAUUUAUUAUUUAAAUGAUUAUAAUAAAUCAUCUGAUGAAGGCAACGAUCCAUAUUCAGUUUUAUUUUUUAUUGGUUCCAUAUUUCGAGUUAAUACGGUUGUAUUUGAUAUGAAUAAUGAUUGUUGGAUAAUUCAGUUAACAUUAUAUGAUGAAGGAAUAAAUCAAGAUUUUUCUCAAGUAUUUACAUUUCUCAAUGAUAUGAAACGAACAAAUACAGAAAAUGCCAUAACAUUAGCAAAUCUUCUUCGUCAAAUAUCUCCAAAUUCCGCUGAGCAAUUUUAUAAACAUUUGUUAAAACAAAAUUCAGAAUCUUUAUCGAAAUUAGAAUGUUAUCGUGGUCUUGGUCUGUGUUUUUAUUCUAAAGAUGAUAAUGAACAAGCUUUAAACUAUUUUGAAAAAGCAUUAAAUUUAAAACCAAAUGAUAAAUUAAUAAAAUCCUCAUUACACAACAGCAUAGGUCUUGUUUAUGCACAACAAGAUCAAAUAGAUGAAGCAUUAAUUCAUUUUAAUAAAGCAUUAGAAAACAGUUCAUUACCAUUGCACAUCGCUUGUGUUCAUCAUAAUUUAGCAUUGGUUUAUAGCCAACAAGGAAAAUAUGACGAAGAACUUGGUCAUUAUGAACAAGCUCUUAAAUAUCGUACACUUCAAUUACCAGCACAUCAUUUACAAAUAGCAUCAUUACAUAAUAAUAUUGGUAUUGCAUAUUCUGAUAUGCAUGAAUAUGAUCAAGCUUUAACCAGUUUAAGAAAGGCACUUGACAUGCGUUUAAAAUUAUUAUCGGAUAGUCACAUUGAUGUGGCUCGUAGUUAUGCGAAUAUUGGAACUGUCUAUGCUAAAACACAAGAAUUUCGAAUGGCUUUAGAAUAUUUUAAUAAAGCAUCUCUUUUAUUCGAAAAACAACAACAACAACAACAACAACAAAUAGUUCAACAAGACAUGGAACAGCUUAAUACAAAUAUCAAAAUUGUUAAUGACAAACUUAGACGGAAAACUUUUUAA